AUGGAAAAUGAUGAUGAUAUACCAACAUUAGUUGAUGAAACAGCUAUUUCACCUUCUAAAGUACCUGUAUCUAUUUUAACUGGUUAUCUUGGUGCUGGUAAAACAACAUUACUUAAUUAUAUUCUUACAGCAAAUCAUCAGAGACGUAUUGCUGUUAUUCUAAAUGAAUUUGCUUCAGGUAGUGCUAUGGAACAUCUUCAAUUAACAUCAACAACCGAUGACAACAAUGGUAAUGGUCGUCAACGAUACGAAGAUUGGCUUGAAUUACGUAAUGGUUGUUUAUGUUGUUCUGUAAAAGAUGUGGGUGUACAAGCUAUUGAACAAUUACUUGAAAAACGUCGAAAUCAUUUUGAUUAUAUUCUAUUGGAAACAACUGGUGUUGCAGAUCCACUUCCGAUUGUUAAAAUGUUUUGGCUUGAUGAUGAAUUACAUAGUGAUUUAAUUCUUGAUGGUUUAAUAACUGUUAUUGAUGCUUAUCAUGGACUAAAAAAUUAUGCAGAUGAUCGUCAUCAAGAAAAAGCAUUAUGGUCAAGACAAGUAGCAAUGGCGGAUGUUAUAUUGGUGAAUAAAAUUGAUUUAGUUUCUGAAGAAGAAAAGGCAAAAAUUCAUUCACUGAUUAAAUCAAUUAAUAUUACUGCUCAAAUCUAUGAAACAACACGAUCAUGUAUUGAUCUAUCUCUUAUACUUGAUCGACAUGCGUAUAAUACUGAUACUCCACCUGAUUACCUUUUGAAAAAUAUUCACGAACAUACAUCAACAUUAAUUCCACAUGGUCAUCAAACACUUAAUUCUAUAACAAUUGAAUUAAAUGGUAAAUUUGAUUUUAAUAAACUUGAUCAACUUAUUAUUCAACUUUUAUGGAAUGAACAAAAUACAACUCAAGAAAUUGUUCGCAUGAAAGGUGUUCUUUGUCUACAUAAUGAAUCAACUUAUAAACUUCUUCAAGCUGUUGGUCAAAUGUAUGAAUUUAUUGCUACAAAGGAAAAUCAUAAUGAUAAUUUACGAAAUUGUCUUGUUCUUAUUGGAUCAAAUCUCAAUCAAGAAUAUUUAAGAGAACAAUUUCAACAAUGUAUUACAUAG